GUCCCGGCACCGUCUGCCUUUUCUGCUCCUCAGAGUCAACAGCUGCUGCAGCUCCAGCCAUACCCUGGCGCCCCUUCCUAGCACCUUGCCCUCCCCUGAGCCCCCGUGCUGGGGGCCCCUCCUCCUCGCACCUGCCCGAAGGUCACGGGACAGAGGGCGAUGCCAAGAAGCUGGUGAAGUCUUUCUUCUCCGCCUCCGCCAUGGUUGACGGUGUAAAGUAUGAAGUGGCCUCCCAGCACUUGGGGGACGCCUCCCCUUUGGAGGAAGAGGCCCAGGCAGGGCCGGAGCAGGUGAAGCUGAAGAAGGAGAUCUCGCUGCUGAACGGCGUGUGCCUGAUUGUGGGGAACAUGAUUGGCUCGGGCAUCUUUGUGUCCCCCAAGGGCGUGCUUAUGUACAGUGCCUCCUUUGGCCUCUCCCUGGUCAUCUGGGCUGUUGGGGGCAUAUUCUCCGUCUUUGGGGCCCUUUGUUACGCGGAACUGGGCACCACCAUUAAGAAGUCUGGGGCCAGCUAUGCCUACAUCCUCGAGGCUUUCGGGGGACUCCUUGCCUUCAUCCGCCUCUGGACCUCCCUGCUCAUCAUCGAGCCUACCAGCCAGGCCAUCAUCGCCAUCACCUUUGCCAACUACAUGGUGCAGCCCAUCUUCCCGAGCUGCUCCGCACCCUACGCUGCUGGCCGCCUGCUGGCUGCUGCCUGCAUCUGUCUCUUAACCUUCGUUAACUGUGCCUAUGUCAAGUGGGGAACAAGGGUACAGGAUUUUUCCACCUAUGCUAAAGUAUUGGCUCUGAUCGGUGUCAUCAUCGCAGGCAUUGUUAAACUUGGCCAGGGGGCCUCGAAUCACUUUGAGAAUUCCUUUGAGGGUUCAUCAUUUGCAAUGGGUGACAUUGCCCUAGCACUGUACUCAGCUCUGUUCUCCUACUCGGGCUGGGAUACCCUCAACUAUGUCACUGAGGAGAUCAAGAACCCUGAGAGGAAUUUACCCCUCUCCAUUGCCAUUUCCAUGCCCAUUGUCACCAUCAUCUACAUCUUGACCAAUGUGGCCUAUUACACCGUGCUAGACAUGAGGGACAUCCUGGCCAGUGAUGCUGUUGCUGUGACUUUUGCAGACCAGAUUUUUGGAAUAUUCAACUGGACAAUUCCAGUGGCAGUUGCAUUAUCCUGUUUUGGUGGCCUCAAUGCCUCCAUUGUGGCUGCUUCUAGGCUUUUCUUUGUGGGCUCAAGAGAAGGCCAUCUCCCCGAUGCUAUUUGCAUGAUUCACGUCCAUCGGUUCACCCCAGUGCCUGCUCUGCUCUUCAAUGGUAUCAUGGCAUUGAUCUACUUGUGUGUGGAGGACAUCUUCCAGCUCAUUAACUACUACAGCUUCAGCUACUGGUUCUUUGUGGGGCUCUCAAUUGUGGGUCAGCUUUAUCUGCGCUGGAAGGAGCCUGAGCGACCUCGUUCACUCAAGCUCAGCCUUUUCUUCCCCAUUGUCUUCUGCUGCUGCACCAUCUUCCUGGUGGUCAUUCCACUUUACAGUGAUACCAUCAACUCCCUCAUUGGCAUUGGCAUUGGCCUCUCAGGACUGCCCUUUUACUUCUUCAUCAUCAGAGUGCCAGAACACAAACGACCUCACUGCCUCCGAAGGAUUUUGGCAUCUACCACACGGUACCUCCAGGUUCUAUGUAUGUCAGUUGCUGCAGAGAUGGACUUGGAAGAUGGAGAGAUGCCCAAGCAACGAGAUCCCAAGUCUAACUAAAUAAUACACAGAAUCCUGAGAUAUGAAAAGCAGAACCUCUUGCCUUCUACUGGUUGAAGCCAAGGAAGUUGAAAAGGAAAGCUUACUUCUUUAGAGGCACCUGUCCAGAAGCCUGGUCUAGGCAGCUUCAACAACCUUUGAACUUGCUUUUUUGAGAGAUGGACAGUAAUUUAUUUGUUUUGCUACAUAUUGUUCCAGAUUUUUUUAAAGGGGUGAUAAAGCAGACUGGUGGGAGCAUGUCAGGUGUGGGUUUGGUUAUUCUAGAAGCACAUUCCCAUGUGUUAGAUGUUUACUCACUUUGGGGGAGUGCCUACCUAUGCCUCUUUUCCUUUAAAAGGGUCAAAAAUGCUCCAAACUUCCUGUCUCCUUUAAAGAGACAUGGAACUGUAUAGGUGCUGGACAAUAAAAGGGUUAUGUUCCUAAGCUUUGAGGGUCUUCAUUUUAUAUGGUGUCUCUGAGGGCAGUUCCUAUUAGCGUGGCAAGAAAACUAAAAACAAUCUAAUGCUUAAAAAUAUCAGAGUAUUUCUUCCCUCUCAAGCCCGUUGCUGAGGCUGAUGCAACCAAUCUCUGCACCUAAGCUGCUGCAGCAAAAUGUUAAGGUUGUUAGAUAAAAACUAUAUCAAUGUCCAUUCUUCUUCAUUACCACUAAGAAUUUGAGCACAUCUACUUCUUGAAGGAUAUUUUAUAGGUAACCUUGGGGUAAAUAAAUGUGGUUAUUCUGUUUUGA